AUGGCGGAGAUCCAGGACACCGGAGGUGACAGCCACGUGUGUCCUAUCUGUCUAAAGUCGUUCGGCCGCAAGGACUUGAGAGACCGACACCGACGCCGCUGCGAGAAGUCGAUUGGCAAGCCUAAGCAAAGCAAGAAGAAGGCUUGUGAGAGAUGCAUUGCUUCCAAGGUCAAGUGCGACUACGAGAAGCCCUCGUGUGGUCGGUGUCGUUCCCGGACCGCGACGUGCGAAUACAGACUGGAGCCCCGUAUCCGGGUACCGGCAUGGGAGGACACGCCCCUGGGCUCGAAUGCCACCGCAGCGCCACCGUUCGGAGCUGCUGGUGGCUUUAUCCGGCACACCGUUGGGAAUGGCACGCAAGAUCUGCGGCCGGGCUUCGUGGCCGAUGCAGCCGGUAUCCUGAUGCCGUUGGCAGGCAGCCAGACUUUCGCAGCUUUUCAGCAACCGGUGGUGCUUCAGACAUCGCCACUGGCUGCAGAAAACGGGCAGGAAGAUCCCCUCGACGCUCAGAUACCAGCCCCAGCGUCUGCGUCAGGCAUCGGCAACGCACUUGCACUCCAAUCGGCAACAAUCUCAGAUGCAGGGUCUAUGCCUGAUUUGCUCGACUAUGACCUAUUUGCCGAUGUCUCUGCAAUGCUUGAGAUGGGACCACGACAGCCCGGGCCCGACCACUUCUUCGCCGAGACCUCCGACUCGGUCUUCGGUGCAUGGUCCUCUUUGCGCACAGCCCCCGACGCCGAGUCGUUGGCUUCCAGCAUGCCGCCAACCACUACCAAGAAGCGGCGGAUCUUCCCACCGACCCCUGAUGCUUCACCACGCCCCGACAGUAGCUUGACGAGCCCGCUGCCGCUGAGCCGCCGGUCCAGGUCGGUCAUCCGCGACCCAUCGGGCGACAGCACCAGCCUGUCCGACCUUGCCAAGGCGUCACCGGCGUACCACAGUCUCCAGCAGCCCGGCAUGGUCGGCCUGGAGGAAGCGCUGAAGAUGAUGGCCGAGUAUCCGCUGCGGAUGCUGGCUGCCACCUUCCGCUCCCCUUUCAUCCACCCGCGGCUCUGUCGGAACUCGCCGAGGGGAAUUCCCGAACCUAUCGCGGUGGCGCUGGCCUGCGUGGGCAUGAAACUGCAUUCAGAGCAGUCCGGCUUGCAGUUCGUGUGCAGUACCUUUCGCGACCAGAGCGAUAAGCUGAUCAAGAGACUGCCCUGCCUUUCAGACGACCACGAGCAGCUCUGUGCCACGCUCCACGCAAUGUGCAUUUACCAGAUCGAGGGGCUACUAUCCGAGAGCCGGUACAUAUCGAAGCUGUCCACCGCUGUGCUACACCACGAGUAUCUCGUCCGGGCCACUCAGCGGCUGGUCAAAAAACUGCAGAGCACCACUCCCUCAGUCCUUUCCCACCCCCUCCCGCCCGACAUCGACUGGGAGGCCUGGACGGUGCAGGAGUCGCUGCGGCGGACGCUCUUCCUAGUGGUCAUCAUCCACCAGCUGCUCGGCCUCAUCGGGACGCUCGAACCCGCCUACUUCGAGCCGCUGCUGCCGGCGGACGUGGUCGAGAGCAUCGCGCUGCCGUGCAGCGACGGGCCUUGGCUAGCCGAGAGCGAGGAGGAGUGGGUCGACGCGCGGCGUGCCGAAGAGCGCUGCCCGGCCGACGAGCCGCGGACGCUGGGUGAGGCAGUCCGCCGGCUGAGUGCGGGCGCAGCUGCUGAAGCCGGCGGAUGGGCGCUGGCACGGAUGCCCGAACUCACGCGGCUGCUCGUCAGCGUGGUCUCUGUCGAUGUCACAGAUAAGCAGUGA